AUGAAGAAGAAGACAGCGAGCACCGAUGGCCUCAAGUGUCUCUCAUCAAGAACCAGAUACAUAGUUUUAUUUUUAGGAUCAGCAUGCAUAGCAUCGAUAGCGUCAAAUAUGAUUGUUCUAAAUUUCACAUUAAUUUGCAUGGGUACGGAAUAUAAUGAGACUAAUCCGAUGACUGCCGACAAUCGAGGGCCGUACGACUACACACAGUCUGAAAAAUCGUACCUAAUGUGGGCAGUGGCCAUUGGGACCCUGCUGGCCGCAUGGCCGUUUCACUGGUGA